AAGCUUUCAAACGCCGGGAACAAGAUGGCGGCGCCGUGUUGACUUCAUGGCUUUGGAAACUCUAUGGCCACUGACCACCGAACGAGAUGAGUUCGCUACGCCGGGCCGGGACGCGCUGACGCGAUCGGCCUCGUCCGCCUCACGACCGACUCAGCGGACCGACUUCCCCUGUUCCCCGUCUCCGGGAGGCGGUAUAAGACGCCGCUCAGGCCGCUGGGGGAGAAGUGCGCAUGCGUGCCCGCGACUGCCCCGCACAGGCGUGCCCCUCCCUUCCCCCGCGGCCGCCCCCUUGCGGCGCCAUGGAGCACAGCGCUUCGCAGCUGGCGGCGCGGCUCUGCCGGGCUCUGCAGGGCCAGGACGACGCGAUGGUGGCUGCCAUGCUCCGGGAGGGAGCUGACCCCAACCUGGUCCUGCCGGAGGAGGGCGUGGCCCCCAUGCACUUGGCUGCCGGCCUGGAGCAGGAGAACGGGAUACGUGGCCUCCGCCUCCUCCUCCAGCACGGGGGAGACCCCAACGUCAGAUCUGGGGAAGGCCUCACCCCCCUCCACGUUGCUGCCUCCUGGGGAUGCACCACCUGCUUGAGGCUCCUGCUGGCCGAGGGGGGCGACCCCCACCUCCAAGACCAGGAUGGGAACACGGCCUUCGACCUGGCUGUGGAACAUGGGAACGAAACCUGUGUCAACAUCCUGCAGGACGGAGAGUGGAACAGCGGCUUCCCUCAGCGGAGAGCGGAGAGCUUCCUGUCCACCAUAACGGAAGAUGCCGGGCAAACUGGGCCGUGUGACUCUCUCCCUUUUCCAUCCGAUAGACUGCUACGGUCCUCCCUGAAGGAGGCUCGUCUGCCGCUUGGGGAAGCUGCUCCAAAUGGUGGGCCCGGGCCUUGCACCCAGGACCGGUCGGCCUCCUCCUUCCUCACCGAGGGCUCCUGGCGGGGCGACACGAUUUUGGACCUGUCAGAUUUCAGCGUCCGGCUGGCGGUCUCCCCCAAGGCCUUCCUGCCCCCCAGGAAGCCAGCCUCGAGUCGUGCCGACGUACAGACCCGCUGGGGUGGUGAGGUGGGGCGCGCGCUGCCGGACGCUGGCGUGAAGCAGUCUUGGGACUUCCGGGCCGCUGCAGAGGGAGGGUGCAGCUCAGCCCCGGGCCCAGACACGGCUCUGCGGGGGCCCUUCCCUUUCGUGGGCUCCGAGGCUCUCUCGUUCGGAUCGGACACCGCAGAAUCCCCACCGAAGGCCCUGUCCUCUGCCAGCCUCCAGUCUGCCCCAGAAGCGGCCCCACUCCGUCCCCCACCGGGUGCCAAUGCCUGUGGGCUUCCUCAGGGGAGGGGCUCCCUGGAUCCUGGCCUCUCGGUGAGGCUCCCAGGCCAGGAGGGGCUGGACGUCACCUGCCUUGGUCACCUGGCUGAGUCGACAGCCGUCUCGGACCUGGGAACGAUGGUGGCUGAGCCGGGCUCCGUCCUGGGGAUCAGCGGGACUCUGGACGGAUGCUCGGCGAGAGGAAGGUCUCCGGGCAGGUGCUCAGCGGCCAGCACGGAGCGCUAUUUUUCGUGCGUGAGUGAAUGUUGGCACAGUGCUGUGGAAGGCCCAGGAUACGGCUGUGCUCAUGAGUGGGAAGAGGGGAGGGCUGCCCCUAGCGGCCCCGCAGGCAGCUACAACACCAGCAAGGGAGUUUGGUGUGGUGGGCCUCCCUCCUGCAUGGGGAAGGGUCUCUCUGGCCAGAGGACUCCCCCCACCAGAGGGGCUGCCCGGAUCUUUCCGAAGGGGGCUCCUUGGGAAGGUUCUGCACUGGCGACCGGGGCCCCCGCUGAGACUCGGGGGCUGCCUGUGGAACGCCAGGGGCCGAGGGAAGAGAGGGCAGAGGCCGAGGGCCUGGGAGGGCAGCUGCCGCGACCGGCUCUCUCGGCAGGAGAGGGGCAGCUGAGCCCGUCCACUCAAGACACAGUCCCCGUCCAUUGGCCGUCAGAAGAGAGGAGUCGUUUCGGUCCGCCUGGACCCAUCAGCACUCUGGGUGACACAGAGGUGGCCCCGUGGGCCCCUAACAGCGUUGGAGAAGCGCCCCCCAGCACUCUGGAUGCCCAGCUGCGGGCGAUGAUGCUGGCCACCAAGGUCGCCCACUCCCCACUCCUCCCCUCCAAUCGGAAAUGCUGCCCUGUGGCCCCCUGGCCCCAAAGCCCCUCCACGGGGACCCUUCCUCAGCAGAGCCCCAGUACUUCAUCUCUCUUUGAGGAGUCCCUGGAGAUGCCCAGGCGCCCCAGGAGAGUCAGGAGGGGCCCCAGAGCGGCUUCACCCCGAGGGGCUGCCGCGCUCAGUCGCUCACCUCCCCCGGCCAGAGAGGCAGAGGAGGCGGGGGAGGGCAGGGCCCCCUCAGCCGUUCCCAGCCCUUGGGGCGGCUCCCUUGCCAGCUCAAGUGGGGAGGUGGGCCAUGGGGAAGGCCCCUGCGGGAGGGCAGAGUCGGGGGCAGGAGGGGCCUCUGCGGGGGAUGCUGCUCAGGGCUUCUCCGAGGGUGGGACCACUGGGUGCCCAGGGGUCUCCGGCCCAGCCAGGGGAGAAGGCCUCCAGGGUCAGUUUCAGCCGGCUGUCUGGGAGGGGCCCCUCUGCCACUCGCCCCCCAGGGAGGCUGAGCCCCAUUCGCCAGGAGGUGCCCCUGUCGCCGGGGGGCCGCCCUGCGAGCCUGAGUGCCACGGAGCCCGUGGAACACCUCUAUGUGGACGAGGAAGAGGGCCAGACCCUCAUCGAACGGCACCUGCCCACCACGGACGACUCCGGGCCCAGCGGCUCGAAGACACCCUCCCCCUCUGCGACUGGCGGGCGUGGGCCCGUCAGGAAGGGCAGCGGGGCAGGCAGGGCAACGGGGGAGGCGCCCCCUUGAACCCGGAGCACCUGACCGACCAAGCUCUGGCCCGAAAGCUGCGGGAGUUGGGGGCCGACCCGGGGCCGGUGACCCCCCUCACACGGAGGCUGUAUGUGCGGCUCUUGGAGAGGCUGAGCAGGGACCCCGAGACUCCUGCCCGGAGGGGCUCUGCAGGAGGGUUUUUUUUCCAGAUUGGCCCUCUUCUCGGAGGAGCUCAAGACGUGGGGAGGGGAUUUGACCCGCCAGAGCCCCCCCCUGUCCCGGAGGACCCGUCUCCUCCUCGGAGUCCUGGACUGACCCUCCCCUUGUGCUCAGCCUACAGCCAGGAGCUGGACUCUGCCCUGCGCACCUACCGCAUCCCCCCCUCCAAAGCCGACGAGAUGGCUCUGGCCGCAGAGUUUGACCAGCCGGACAAGAGCCGGCGGUGGCGGGAGGGGCUGCUCAAGUCCAGCUUCAACUACCUGCUGCUGGACCCCAGGGUGACCCAGAACCUGCCCGCCCGCUGCCAGCUGCUCAGCUCGGCCGAGGCCUUCCGGACGUUCGUCCGUGCCAUCUUCUACGUGGGCAAGGGGACGCGCGGCAGGCCCUACCGCCACCUCUACGAAGCCUUGACCCACCACCGGGAGGGCCAGGGGAAGCCGGCAAGACAGGUCUCCUCCAAAGUCCAGCACAUCCUGGAGAUCUGGGCGGGGGGCCAGGGGGUCGUCUCCAUGCACUGCUUCCAGAACGUCGUUCCUGUGGAGGCUUACACCCGCGAGGCCUGCAUGGUGGACGCCAUCGGCCUGAAGAUGCUGACCAAUCAGAAGAAGGGGAAUUACUACGGCCUUGUGGCCGGCUGGCCGAUGAAACGCCGAAGGAACCUGGGGGUCUUUCUCCUCCACCGGGCUCUCCGGAUCUUCCUGGGCGAGGGCGAGCGGCAGCUGCGGCCUGCUGAUAUCUGAAGUGGCCCUUGAGCAGAGGGGCCCCUGGAGGGCCUCUUCCCCCCCCCCCAAGCAGGGCCUGGAGUUCUUCUGGGAGGCUCAACCCAAUCCCUCCUUCGCACAAUCCAGAAUCCCAGAUUCCGGAAUCGCUCAUCCCCAGCUCCUGCGCUGGACGCUGAGCGGAGAUGGAAGGCUGCACCCGUGUUCGGAAGUGACUUGGGGUGACCUGCAGGGGCCCUGCUGGGUGCUGGGACGCCUAGUGUGUGUGGGGGUCCCAGUGGCGUCCAGUCAGAUGGUGCGAGAGAGUCUCCUUCCACAGAGCCGCAGGGCGAUGCAGUGGUGGGGCUCAAGGACCUUCCCAAGCAAGAGUGGAGCAGCCAUGGGCUCACCCCCCCAACCCUCCGUCCCUGGGGGACCCUGGGGAGGGGUCUUCCUGCACCCUAAGAAACACCAGUCGCCUCUUCUCUUCUGGGAACGAAGGUGGGACCCUUUUUAUGGGGGGCAGCGGGGGCUUGUUUUAAAAUUCGGGGACUGCACUGUGUUUUUAAAGAUUUCUCCUUUUGCCGCUCCCCUGGGACUGGGGGCAUUAAACGAGAUUAUUUUGGGA